GCUACCGAACGCACAGGAAAUCUAACCGGUGGUAAAUUGUCACGGUUUUACGUUCAAUUAUUUUUUUUCGGGCCUUAGAUUGCAAACUUGACAUUUCCCCAAAAUAAUAAUUAUUAGGUUGAAAAGAAAUGAAAGGGUUGCAAGUGCAAUGUCUUUACUUUCUUGUGUUAAAUGCAGUAUUUUAUGUGUGUACUUUGGAUCAGGACCACUUUGUUCAUACCCUUGAUAAUUUAAUGGACAACUUCAAGGACUUGUUUCAAAACAACGAUGCCACCCCUCAUGCCUACACCAAAUUCUCCCUCCGGAAGCCUUUGAUGCCGGAAGAUGACAUCUGCUACAUCAUCCCCGGCAACCCAGAGUCUCUCAAAGAAUGGACUUUCAACAGCACCUCUAAAACUUUCCUGGUGAUCCACGGCUGGACGGUGUUCGGCUUGUUUGAGAGCUGGGUGGCCAAACUGGUGUCAGCACUGUAUGAGAGAGAGCUGGAUGCCAAUGUGAUCGUGGUGGACUGGCUGUACACAGCCCAGAACCACUAUCCUGUAACCGCCCAGAACACCAAGAUGGUGGGACGAGAUAUUGCUCACUUCAUUGACUGGCUGGAGGAGGCAACCAACAUACCUCUUGAAAACCUCCACCUCAUUGGCUACAGUCUAGGUGCUCAUGUGGCAGGAUUCCCCCCUAAUGCAACUAUCCCCUUUCUGUUCACAGCCAUCACCGACGUUCCCAGAUGUUCCCAUGAGCGUUCCAUCCACCUGUUCAUCGACUCCCUGGUCAACGAGCAGGAGGCCAGCAUGGCAUACCACUGCGGGAGCAACGACAUGUUCGACCGCGGAAUGUGCCUCAGCUGCCGAAAGAACCACUGUAACACCGUGGGCUACAACAUCAGAAAGAUCCGCAAGACACGCAGCAUCAAGAUGUACACCAAGACCAGGGCCUCCAUGCCGUUCAGAGUCUAUCAUUACCAGCUGAAGAUCCACUUCUCCAGUAAGGUGGACAGGUCUGAGAUGGAGCCUUCACUGACAGUCUCUCUGAUUGGAACCAAAGGAGAUGUUGAAGACCUCAAGCUGACACUAAAGGAGAAGAUAAUGACCAAUAAGACCCCUUCCUUCCUGUUGGUAGCGGAGAAAGACAUAGGCCACCUACUGAUGGUAAAGUUCAAGUGGGAGGAGUCUACUAGUUGGUCUGCCUCGUCCAUGCUCAAAAUGGUGUCGUCUUGGUGGUCAGAUGAUUAUGCGGAUUCUGAAGUGGAGGUUCACAAAAUACGCAUCAGAGUUGGGGAGACUCAGAAAAAGUGA